AUGCCCCCCACAAACGCUACCAAUGGAACUGCUCACUCUUGGGAAUCGCUCCCACAAGCCAUGUCACAAGCAGUGUCAUCCUUAGACAAGCUUCUUAACAAUGAUAAACAGUGGCAAGCUUUUGUUGAUACGAAGGCUAUUAUUGAACCAGUAACCAUGGGGGUGCAGGCCACUGGUGGCGGCGACGCCAUUCUUGUCAAAGUAGAACCAGGCGCAAAGACGACUAACUCAACAGGGCCAUCUUCAGACGCCGACUUCGUGCUUCGUGCCCAACCCGAACAGUGGCAGAAAUUCUUCGAUGCUGCUCCUGUUGCACCUUACACAAGUUUUGUUGGGCUACAAGGAAUGAACAUCAAACAAGAAGGUGUAGGAAUCCAUGGUAACCAAGUGAAAUUUGCUCAGUAUGGUCACCUUGCCACUCGACUUCUCGAACUGCUUCGAGAAGGCCAGAAUGGACCACUUAAGGAGGACACACAGCCCGAAAUCGACGAGGACCAUAUCACCGGGAAAUACAUCUAUAUCGACGCACCCGUCUGGGGCCGUACCAAGAUCUUCUAUGAAAAGUCUGGAACUGGAACACAGGAAAUUGUUUUCCUGCACACUGCUGGGAGUGACAGCCGUCAAUAUCAUGGAGUCAUGAAUGAUCAGCGUAUGCGAGAUGCUUGCACCAUGAUAGCUUUCGAUCUUCCUGCACAUGGACGAAGUUUUCCUGGAAGUAAUCAUAUCCCUGGAAACCAUACAAACAACGAAGAAGCAUACGUUGGUACGAUUAGAGAGAUGGUCAAGGCUCUGAAGCUUAACAAGCCAAUUAUCUGUGGUGCCUCUAUGGCAGGCCAAGUCUGCGUUGCAGUGGCCAUUCGAGCAGAUGAAGUCGGGGCUGGCGGCACCAUACCGUUGCAAGGAUGCGAUUACCUCACCAUGGAUAGACAAUUCAACGACAAGUCCCCAGUUUGUAACCAAGCACUAUACAAUCCUGACUGGAUUUAUGGCAUGAUGGCACCACAAAGUCCUCUAGUCAACAAGCAAUUGAUUUGGCACAUGUAUUCAGGGCAAGCAUAUGGUAUCUUCCAUGGUGAUCUGGAUUUCUACUUCGGCGGAUUUGACGCCCGAGACCGUGUCAAAUCAAUUGAUGUUAAAAAGUGCCCGAUAUACUUCCUCACCGGGGAGUACGACUGGAGUACAACACCUGAGAUGAGCAAUGCCACGGCCAAGAAAAUCCAGGGAGCCAAUUUCAAGUCCAUGAAAGGUCUGGGUCAUUUUCCUGCCACAGAGGAUCCAAAUAAAUUUAUACCAUAUCUUCUCGAUGCUAUUGAUUGGAUCAAAAGUACUCGGCAGCCAUAA